AUGGCCGGCCAAGCAGCCAACGAGCUGCUGUCGACCCAAAAGGCGUCCGACUCGGGCCUCAAGGUCGUUUUGCACCCGUUACCUAUCCUCGAGAUCUCCGACUUUAUCGUUCGCGGUUACCAGCGUGGCCUGUCUGGCGCUGUUGUCGGCGUGUUAUUGGGGCAGCAGAAUGGCCACGAGGUUACUAUCGAACACAGUUUUAGCUGCAAGUCAGCUAAGAAUGAAAAUGGCUUUUACGAGCUUGAUCAUGAGUGGUUCAAGAGUCGCUUGGAGCAAAUGAAACUUGUUCACAAAAAUCCUGCCCUCGACCUUGUCGGCUGGUACUCGCUCGUACCAAAAACCGGACCCUCUGCCUUACAUCUCCCCAUCCACAACCAGAUCAGCGCCUAUAACGAGUCGGCCGUCCUUCUCGGCUUCCAUGUCGAAGACAUCUUAGAUGCAGCCUCCGGGGACCCUCUUCCGAUUACAAUAUACGAGAGCAAUAUGGAAGCGGAGGACGCUAAAGAUACUGCGGGCGAGGACAAAGAGAUGAAGGAUGCUGACACGACUACCAAGAUGGUUCUACGCUUCCGCAAGCUGCCAUACACCACAGAUUCCGGUGAGGCCGAGAUGAUCGCGAUGCAAUUUAUCCGGGAAGGGGGUUCUAGUGCCGCCGUAGACAGCACGGAGAAACACAUUCUGGAGCAGUUUGAUCAGAAGAUUGCUGUAGAUGAUGGCAAAGGCAAACGUAGGGCGGUCGCCUACGCUGGGAGCAGCAAAUCGAAGAAGGACACUGCCGCUGCUGCCGCUGCUGAACAAUCGGUCACUAAAACAAACCUCGAUGCCAACCUCACGCGCGCCGAGUCCGAGUACAUGGGGGCUCUCCAGGCCAAGUACAACGCCGUCAAGAUGAUGAAGUCCCGUCUCGCCCUCGUCAUCACCUACCUCCAAAACCUUCCACCCACCUUCACUUCUGGCGAGCAAACGACCUCCGACGCCGCCGAUGCCGCCCGCGCCGACCCAGCACAGCAAUAUACCGUCCCUUCCAAUACCAUCCUCCGACACAUCCAAGCCCUCGUCACCAACGCCGACCUAGUCGCCACCGCCCCCGGUGAGCUGGCUAACACAUUAGAACAAGAAAUCCGCCGCGAGACCAACGAUGUCAACCUCAUCUCCCUCAUUUCCGAUCUCGUCUCGAGCGUUAACGAGGCCCGCGAGGCCGGCAAGAAGUUCCACAUCGUCGAGUCUGCCCGCCACCAGCGCCAGGGCCGGAACUUGGGCGGUAGCAGUGGGGGUGGUGGGUUUGGUAGUGCCGGAUCGUACGACCAUUCAUUGCUCACAUCCGAAUUUGGGCUGGGCUCAUAUCCUGCUACUGCUGCCGAGUACUAG